CAUUUAGGAGAACGUGGGGGCCAUUUGAACAGACUGUUCUUUGGGGGCAUUUUUCCUGCUGUCAAGUAUAAGCCUCACUUACCAUUUUGAAGCUGGAAUCUCCAAACCAAAACAACAUGUGGAAAAAGAGUUUUCUCAUGUUCCUUUUCUCUCUUUCAGUUCAGAAGGCUGCACUGGAUUGUGAAAGAAUGAGAAAAACAAAUGAAUUCCCUUCUCCAAAUCUGAACUCACAAAUGGAUGCAGUCAUGAGGGGUCAGAAUGUAUCUCUAUCUUGUUUCAACCAGAACAAAUCACUGCGGAUCACCUAUUUUUUGUUUCGGGGUGAGAAAUGCCUGAGCAUCCAGAAUGGACCCAUGACUUUUAACCUAACAAUCUCAGAAGCCCGUGACGUGGGCCCCUACAAAUGCAAAGCCCAAGUUUCUAACUGUUCAAAAUACAGUCGUGAGUUCAACUUCACAUUUGUCGAUCCAGUGACUGCACCAGUGCUGAACAUCAGUGUUGUUCAAACAAAAACAGACAGCUACAUAAUGCUACGCUGCAUCUCAUUCAACGGCUCUCUGCCCAUCAAUUAUACUUUCUUUGAAAAAAACAUGGCCAUAUCACCAGCUAUCUCCAAGAAUGUAAGAGAGCCUGCUGAAUUUAACCUGACCAAGAAUAACACUGGAGAAGGGAAAGAGUAUAGGUGUGAAGCUAAAAACAGAUUGCCUGACCAUGCAAAAUACAGUCAACUCGUCACCAUACCCUCAGCAGGAGGAGACAGCUGUCCUUUCUGCCUGCAGCUACUGCUUCUGGGGUUUCUGCUUCUGGUGCUAAUAGUAAUAAUCCCAACUCUGGCAUUUUGGAUGCUACCAAAGUACAAAGCAAGAAAAGCUAUGAAAGAUAAUGCACCCAGAGUCUAUGGAAAUACACCCAUGGAAGAUGGAAUAUAUGCAAAUAUCUGUAAAAAUCAAGCAGGGACUGAAUACUCUCAGGAGAUACAUUAUACCACCCCCAUGUUCCAGGAGGUGGCACCGAGAGAUCAGGAAACCUGCAAUGAUUGUAAAACUGGAUAUGUCUAUUCUGAACUCAUCUUCUGAGAUUUAAAGAUAGAAACUACAUCUCAGGGUAAGAUGCUUUUUAUAAAGCUGAUUUACAUAACGAAAAAGCAAACUUGAUUGACAUUUAAAAAGGUUUCACCUGGUUACCUAAAGUGAAUCACUGUUUUUCAUGUUUAAACACUAUUCCUUUAGCCCUUUCAGAUACAUCCAAUCAUGUCAUCAGACAACAGAUUUGU